GGCCGUUCCCAUCCCUGACGCCCGGGGGAUCCCGAGCCUGCCUCGGGGCUGGAGCCCGCCCCCCACGCCAUCUGAGCUGCCGUGCGCGGCGCACCACCCUCCCCAGUGGACCGAACUGGAAAGGGCGGGAGAGCUUUCCUCCAGGGCUCACGAAUUGAGGUCCCGGCCCCAGGACCCCGAAGCUGCCCAGUGGCUCACGUCCCAGGCCCUAGCCCUUACACCGCCUUCCCUGACUUUCGGGGCGGUAGAGGAGGGUCACGGCCCUCCUGGCAAAGCCGAUGUAAGUAGAAGGGGGACUCAUCUCCAGAACGGGGGGACAGCCCCGAUGACCUCGCAGCUCCACGGCUCCAUUGGCCAGAUUUCCAGGACCAGGACUGAAGCCUCACUCCCCCGGCUCUGCUGCUAAUAGUGAGGUCUCCCUGCCCGGUGCUCCUGCGAGCCAUGGCAGCCCCAUUCUCCAACCCUCUUUCCAGUAGUGACCCAGGCCUCGGGGGUUCAGGGUGACCACAAGGUCUCCUCCACUCUACAGCCCGGGCCCAGAUGGCUCAAGAGCUCCCCACUCCAGCCAGAGUCCCUGUUUCCCCAAAGAGGGGAGGGCCCACCCCAACUCCCGCUCACUUCUCCUCCUGUCUCUGUAGCUUCUCUGGGCCCUGCCUGGACAGGCCUGCCUGCGUGCUGGGACAUGUCUGGCCUCCAAGGACCGUCGGUGGGCGAUGGCUGCAGCGGUGGAGGGGCCAGAGCUGGAGGCAGCUGCUGCUGCAGGAGAUGCUUCGGAGGAUGCAGACGCAGGGUCCAGGGUGCGGCCUUUCCUGGGUGGCAACCGGCUGAGCUUGGACCUGUAUCCCGGGGGCUGCCAGCGACUGCUGCACUUGUGUGUCCAGCAGCCUCUUCAGCUGCUGCAGGUGGAAUUCUUGCGUCUGAGCACUCACGAGGACCCUCAGCUGCUGGAGGCCACCCUGGCCCAGCUGCCUCAGAGCCUGUCCUGCCUCCGCUCCCUGGUCCUCAAAGGAGGGCAACGCCGGGACACACUGGGUGCCUGUCUCCGGGGUGCCCUGACCACCCUGCCCGCUGGUCUGAGUGGCUUGGCCCAUCUGGCCCACCUGGACCUGAGCUUCAACAGCCUGGAGACGCUGCCGGCCUGUGUCCUGCGGAUGCGAGGUCUGGGUGCACUCUUGCUGUCUCACAACUGUCUCUCUGAGCUGCCUGAGGCUCUGGGGGCCCUCCCCGCCCUCACCUUCCUCGCGGUGACACACAACCGCCUGCAGACGCUGCCCCCAGCACUGGGGGCCCUAUCCACCCUGCAGCGCCUCGAUCUCUCUCAGAACCUGCUGGAUACGCUACCUCCUGAGAUUGGAGGCCUGGGCAGCCUCCUGGAGCUCAACCUGGCCUCCAACCGGCUACAGAGCCUCCCGGCCUCCCUGGCGGGUCUUCGGUCCUUGCGGCUCCUUGUCCUGCACAGCAACCUCCUGGCGUCUGUGCCAGCCGGCCUGGCCCGCCUGCCACUCCUCACCCGGCUCGACCUAAGGGACAACCAGCUCCGGGACCUGCCCCCUGAGCUGCUAGACGCCCCCUUUGUGCGCCUGCAGGGGAACCCCCUGGGUGAGGCCUCACCAGACGUCCCAAGUUCACCAGUGGCAGCCCUCAUUCCAGAAAUGCCCAGACUGUUCUUGACCUCAGAUUUGGACAGCUUUCCUGUGACUCCUCGAGGCUGCUCAGUGACCCUGGCCUGUGGUGUCCGCCUGCAGUUCCCAGCGGGAGCCACCGCCACCCCCAUCACCAUCCGCUAUCGGCUGCUGCUGCCAGAGCCAGGCCUCGUCCCCCUGGGUCCUCAUGAUGCCCUGCUCAGCCAUGUGCUGGAGCUGCAGCCGCAUGGGGUGGCCUUCCAGCAGGACGUGGGGCUGUGGCUGCUCUUCACCCCACCACGGGCCCGGCGCUGCCGUGAAGUGGUGGUCAGGACCCGGAAUGACAACAGCUGGGGUGACCUGGAGACCCACUUGGAGGAAGAGGCACCCCAGCGGCUCUGGGCUCACUGCCAGGCACCCCACUUCUCCUGGUUCCUUGUGGUUUCCCGCCCUGUGUCCAAUGCCUGCCUGGUGCCACCAGAGGGGACAUUGCUGUGCUCCUCGGGUCAUCCUGGGGUCAAGGUCAUCUUCCCCCCUGGGGCCACUGAGGAACCUCGUCGAGUCUCCAUGCAGGUGGUGCGCAUGGCUGGCCGAGAACUGCAGGCCCUCCUAGGAGAACCAGAGGCUGCAGUGAGCCCCCUGCUGUGCCUCUCACAGAGCGGUCCCCCCAGCUUCCUCCGACCGGUCACCGUGCAGCUGCCUCUGCCCUCUGGCAUCACAGGCCUCAGUCUGGACCGCUCCCGUCUGCACCUGUUGUACUGGGCCCCUCCUGCAGUCACCUGGGAUGACAUCACAGCUCAGGUGGUCCUGGAGCUCACCCACCUGUACGCACGCUUCCAGGUCACACACUUCUCCUGGUCAGUGCCCCCCAGCUUUCUCAGCCCCCCUUCCCCAGUCUGUACAGCCCCCCUCACCCCCAGCCCUCCCAGGUACUGGCUCUGGUACACCACCAAGAACUGCGUGGGAGGCCUGGCUCGGAAGGCCUGGGAGCGGCUGCGGCUGCACCGUGUGAACCUCAUCGCUCUGCAGCGGCGCCGGGACCCUGAGCAGGUCCUUCUGCAGUGCCUGCCCCGAAACAAGGUGGAUGCCACCCUUCAGCGGCUGCUGGAGCGGUACCGGGGCCCCGAGCCCUCUGACACGGUGGAGAUGUUCGAGGGCGAAGAGUUCUUUGCGGCCUUCGAGCGCGGCAUCGACGUGGAUGCUGACCGCCCUGACUGCGUGGAGGGCAGAAUCUGCUUUGUCUUCUACUCGCACCUGAAGAAUGUGAAGGAGGUAUACGUGACUACCACUCUGGACCGGGAGGCCCAGGCUGUGCGGGGCCAGGUGUCCUUCUACCGUGGCACGGUGCCUGUGCAGGUACCCGAGGAGGCUGAGGCUGCCCGGCAGAGGAAGGGCGCAGACGCCCUGUGGAUGGCCACUCUGCCCAUCAAGCUGCCGAGACUUCGGAGCUCUGAGGAGCCACGGCGGAGGGCUGGCCUCUCCUUGGCGCCCUUGAACCUGGGAGAUGCUGAGACCGGCUUUCUGACACAGAGCAACCUGCUGAGCGUGGCUGGGCGCCUGGGUCCAGACUGGCCAACUGUGGCCCUGCACCUGGGCGUGUCCUACCGUGAGCUGCAGCGCAUCCGGCACGAGUUCCGGGAUGAUCUGGAUGGGCAGAUCCGCCACAUGCUCUUCUCCUGGGCUGAGCGCCAGGCUGGGCAGCCAGGGGCUGUGGGACUCCUGGUGCAGGCCCUGGAGCAGAGUGACCGGCAGGACGUGGCAGAAGAGGUGCGUGCAGUCUUGGAGCUCGGCUGCCGCAAGUACCAGGACGGCAUCCGACGCACGGGUUUAGCCCCCAAGGACCCCGCUCUGCCUGGCUCGUCAGCUCCACAGCCCCCAGAGCCUGCCCAGGCCUAGGCCCCACAGACUUUGGGCUGGCCCGGACAUUCCCCAGUGGAUGGGCAGAGCCCCCACCUUCAAGCCUUUCCAGUGUGUGGGGACAGGGGUCCCCGUGGGCAACAAACCCGCACUGUUUCUUUCGCCA